AUGACGUUUUCUAGAUUUGGGACCAGUACCUCGAGCAACACUGGCUUUGGAGGAUUUGGGACCAGUAGUGCCUCGAGCAACACUGGCUUUGGAGGUUCAAUGGCGUUUUCUAGAUUUGGAACCAGUACAUCGAACACUGGCUUCGGAGGCUUCACCGCAAAGACCACGCCGAACGCAGCCUUUGGUUUUAAUAACUUUGGUAACACUCCAAGUGGAUUUGGUGCGACUCCCUCUGGCGGCUUAUUCAGCGGGAAUCCGGCUGGAGGUGGUGGAUUUAAUGUGACCUCAACCGCUAGUGCAUUUGGGAAUACCUCUGGUUCUGGUGGUUUUGGUGGGUUUGGAAACAAUCAACCUGCUGGUGGUACUCCAUUCGGAAGUUCUACAACUUCAAGUUUUGGCGGAUUUGCUUCGAAUAAUAGUGCGGCACCUGGAUUUGGGUUUCCAGCGAACCAAGCAUCUGCUGCUCCAUUUGGUAUUGGUUUCGGACAAACAUCCACCACGAAUGCUGGAAACUUUGGAUUUGGCGGUGGAGCACAGACAUCCCAGCCUUCUGGUUUUGGACAAAUUACCUCGCAGCAGAUGUCAAAACCUCUAGGAUUUGGACUUGGUGCCAGUACUCAGUCUAGUUUUUUUGGAAUUGGUAGCACUACACAGACUUCGAUGGCUUUGAACCCCUUUAAACCUGGAACACAACAACCCACUCAAAAUGCAUUUGGGAACCUUUUUAAUUCAACUAUGCAACCUUCUGCACCUACCAUGGUGUCUAAUGUUGGACUUACAAAUCCAUCAACACAAACUAUGACUUUACAGCAACAAUCUAAUCAACAACAAAUAACACCUUAUGAAGAACUGGCGCGAAUAAUAAAUUCAUGGGAUCCAAAUAGCCCCGAUUGUAAAUUCCAGAGUUAUUUUUAUAAUAUGGUUCAUCCGGAUGAAGUUCAGUUUUAUACUCCACCUUCUAAUAUGCCACAGAAUCUUUGGAUUGAGGCACAAUCCAAUAACCCAGACAGAACAAUCCUAGUCCCUGUCCGAGUCUGCGGUUUCGAGGAUAUCAAGAAAAGAAUUGAAGUACAAGAAGAAAUCACAGCUAAGGCUGUUGCAAAAUUUAAGGAAUAUGGUGCAAAACUUGAAGAAAUGGAACGUAAACAUAGUUUGGAAACUUUAGUGAGAAUAGAAGAACGAAAAAGAAAACAUAUAGAGCUUACACAGCGUGUUAUAAAGUUAAUGAGACAAAUUCAAGUACUAAGACUCAAAGGGACGUUAAUACGAGCAGAUGAAGAGACUUUGAAGGGGCGGCUAGAGGACAUUAAACAACGAACACAAAGACCAUUGCGUAAACUCGAAACACUCAAAACGCAAUAUAAUGUAACAAAAGUACAGUGGGGUUCUAGAGAGUCACCUGUUAUUCACAAAUUCAACGCGGUAGACGAAAAUCAACUAGAGAAUAUUACAAAGGUGCUUGGAGCUGAGCAUACCGGAAUAGUUCACGACAUUGAAACAUUGAAAAAGGAUAGCAAAGACAUUGAUAUAAUCAUUCGUAGUUUUAAUGGUGUUCCUGACACUAUAUCAUGA